AUGGUCAAAGCAGAGAUGACCGCGUUCGCGCGGGCCAAUGAAGCGGUUUCUUACCUCCGAGCCAACCUGCCAGAGGGCUUGCAAAAGCCCCAGGUCGCUAUUGUAUGCGGCUCAGGACUUGGAGGACUCGCCGAUACUAUUCAUCCCGAGUCUAGGACUGAAUAUGACUACGCUUCUAUCCCAAACUUCCCUCGCUCAACAGUCGCGGGACAUGCUGGAAAACUGGUCUUUGGAUUGCUCGGCCAGAAGAUUCCUGCCGUAUUGAUGGUUGGCCGUGCCCAUUACUAUGAGGGGCACUCGAUUGAUCAAGUGGCAUUCCCUAUCCGAGUCUUCAAGCAGCUGGGUGUGGAUACGGUUGUUUUGACCAAUGCGGCCGGAGGCCUCAAUUCUGAUUAUGCACAUCUCUUCCUAGCCGGUUUGGCAGGAACUCAUCCACUAAGGGGACCCAACGAAGAUGAGUUCGGAGUGCGGUUCCCACCCCUGUCUGACGCCUAUGAUCUUGAACUCCGUCGCCAUGUGCAUCAAACAUGGAAGAAGGUCGUAUCACCCGAAAGCAACAGAAGGUUGCAUGAAGGUGUAUACGCAUAUGUCGGAGGCCCCACGUAUGAAACAAGAGCUGAAAGCCGAAUGCUUCGAAUGCUUGGGGCGGACGUGGUUGGAAUGUCCACAGUGCCGGAAAUCGUCACUGCUAGACACUGUGGCCUUCGCGUGCUUGCCUUCAGCCUGGUCACCAACCAGGUUGUGUUGUCUCCUGUGCCACGGGGGGACGACAAGGUGCUCCAGGGCAAAGCAGCUGAUGAGCUGACCGCUAUCCUAGAAAAGGGCAAGGCAGGACACGAAGAAGUUCUCGAGGCUGGCCGUGCAGCAGCCGUUGACAUGCAGAACUUGGUUGCCCAAACUCUAUUGGAUGUAUUUGAUCGUAUUUGA